AUGGUUCGCAGAAACAAGGAUAGGAUGCCAUCACAAGAGGACAUGGAGCAUCCAGGUGGUGGUUACAUCACAGUGACUGCGCAACAAUCGCGCUACGCACUGGAUGCUAUUGAUGCACCUGCCUCGAAGGAGGUCAAUUACCCCUGGCACCACACCACCCCUACUCUCCUCAAGAAACUUCCCACCCAAUCCAGGCUUACACAUGAACAGAUCCUCAUCAACGAUCUUUCCAUUUCAGUGGCAAACCGCGAACUCCUUUCGCGCACAACACUUCAUCUCGUCGCAUCACGUCAUUACGUUCUUGUUGGUCGUAACGGGGUGGGAAAGUCAACUUUACUUCAGGCCAUUGCUAAUGGAUUGAUACCUGGGAUCCCUUGGAGUACAACGAUUCUGUUGCUAGGCCAGACUGAAAAAGAUUACGGCGAAGACAAGAGGCAGAUAGAGGCAGAAGCAGUCGGGGAGCGUGACACAGUGCUACGGUAUGUGAUGAGGGGCCAUCGCGCUCGAGAGCAAUACACUCGGGAAGAGAGAAGACUCCAGGAAGCUUUUGAGUCGUCUUCGGAUGCCCUAGCGCCUGCUAGGGCCUAUAGACAGAUUUGCCAUGAACGACUGGCAGUCCGGUUGAAAGAAGGGCAUCGGAUAGCAGAGAGAAGAAGUGGUGCGAGAGGCAAGCAGGCAAGGAAGGAGCUUGUACAACUAGAGGGGCGAUUUGGAGCGUCCGUUACGCAAGUGAGGCGGCAUGAGGCGGACAUGGACGCCAAGCAGAUCAGUGCAGAGACGCAAGCAGCUGCCGAUAUGCUCGCAGAUGCACAGGCAUCCUUGGAGCUGAUGGAUGCCGGAAAAGCAGAAGCAAAGGCGCGGGUGGUGUUAUUGGGCUUGGGCUUCCCAGCUGAACGUAUCGAUGGCCCGAUUUCUGAGCUCUCUGGUGGAUGGAAAACCCGCUGCGAACUUGCAUGUGCACUCACCCAACCGGCAGAUAUCUUGUUGCUGGAUGAACCGACCCACUUCCUGGACCUGCCGUCCAUUCUCUGGCUGCAGGACUAUCUCCGCCACCUAGAGGAGACUACUCUUCUCGUCACGACACAUGACCGCGACUUUGGCGAUGCGGUGGCGGAAGAACUAAUUCUCUUGCGCCAUCAAAAGCUUGAGACGUUUCGAGGAGGCCUCAGUGUGUACGAAGCUGAACGAUGGAAGAAGGUAAAACAUAUGAGGAAGAUGAAGGAUGCGCAGGAGAAACAGAAGAAACAUAUGGAGAAGACGAUCGCGGGGAACAUCAAGGCAGCCAAGGAGAAAGGGGACGAUAGGAAGCUGAAGCAAGCAGCCUCACGCAAGAAGAAGCUCGACGAACGAAUGGGACUGGAAGUCGGACUCGGAGGCGGCCGAUUCAAGCUCAAUCGCGAUCUUGGGGGUUACCAUACGAGCAAGCGUGCGGAGAUUGAGGUGCCCGACUUUGACCCCCCCGUCUCCCUCUCGUUCCCGCAACAGCCUCCCGACCUGAGGUUUCCUGGAGCGUUGGUCAGCCUCGAGAAUGUGUCGUUUGCCUACCCUGGGCAGGAUCGAUGCCCUGUCUUGAAGAAGAUCCAGCUGACAGUGACAGCGGGGGGGAGGAUAGGGAUCGCAGGGCUCAAUGGGUCUGGCAAGACGACCUUGGUCUCUCUCCUCCUGGGAAGUAGUGAACCAGGCGGUCGCGAGCCCACGUCUGGCACCGUCAGCCGUCAUGCGAGAGCCAGGAUCGGACGGUUUUCGCAGCAGUCUGUGGAGCAAAUGAGGGCGGUGGGACGGAUGGACAACCAGACUACGGCUCUGCAACACGUGAUGGCGCUGGAGAGCACUCGAGCUGGGUGCGGAGGCGGGAUGCAGGAGAAGGAGGCCAGAGAGCUACUGGGCAACCUAGGGCUGCAUGGCCAGACCGUGUCCCAUGUUCCCCUCCUUUUGCUCUCGGGGGGGCAGAAGGUGCGGGUUGCGCUUGCCAAGCUGCUAUGGCCACCCCCGCAGCUGCUCAUCCUGGACGAGGUGACGACCCAUCUGGACGGGGACACGAUUGUGAGCCUGGUGUUGGCGUUGCAGCAGUAUGAGGGCGCGUUGGUGGUAGUCACGCAUGACCGAUUCUUCAUGAGGUGUGUAGUGGAAGGCAUGUCGCCGUAUAGACGACGACUAGCGCCAGGGGCAGGUGGGAUGGAUCCGAGGAGGGGCGGCGAGGCUGACGAUGGCGCGGAUAGGGAAGAAACAGAAGCAGAAGAAGCAGAAGAAGAGACAGGGACUGGCACAGGGGUAGCUCGAGGUCGAGGAGCUGUUUAUCGAUUGGCCAAGGGGCAGCUGACCAGACUGGAGAGGGGCAUGCAGCAAUACGAGGAGCUUGCGGCCAGGGCAGCUGGGAAAGCUACUCUGUUGGUUGUGGUUGUAGUGGCGAGAGUACCGGUACCCACGUACCGUAGCAGUAGUGAGGUCAGCACCGGACCGAGUAACGUACAGUACGUAGUACCUACCUCUUACAUGUGUACUAGGUCGCCAGUCACGGUCGAGGUCGGCAGUCGAGGCCAAGGCGGCGGCGUUGCGGGUGGUUCCCGCUGCUGGUGGGCACAGAGGGCGCCGCCUACGACUGCUGCUGCCACAACUACAAUCACAACCGACACUGCCCCUGCUACCUCCACCGCCACUGCCGCCACCACCACCACCACCACCACCACCUCUGCCUCUUCCUCCUCCUCGGGCAGUGCCCCUGCCGCCAACAAUAACACAGACACCCCGCGCUCAACGACAGACUCUGGGCUCAAGGCAGCCAAGGAUAAAAACUGCCCCUUCUGUGGCCAGGCGUUCACCUCUUCGAGCCUGGGCCGUCAUUUAGACCUCUACAUACGCCAAAAGAAUCCAAAGGCCCCCGAUGGCAUCCAUCUGGUCGACGAGAUCCGCAAACUGCGGGGUGGCAUCACACGGCGCCAAGCAAAAAACAGCAUGUCCUCGACCCCACGACGCGAUGACAGCGGCACCAGCACCCCUGCCCACAAGAAGAACGUAGCCCGCGAUGACUCGUCCAUGCUGGUCGACAGCCCCGACGUAGACCACGACGACCAGCUCGACAUGGGGAGAGCACGCCAGCAGUUCCGCGACAUUGGCUGGCAGUCGGCGCGGACCGCUGCCACCAAGACGCCUGACGUGCGGCGCGACUCUUCGCGGCAGUUGCAAAAGGCGGACCUCGUCCAGCGGCGGAAAUCAGAGGAAGAGGCCGAGAUUGCACGUGCGACGGAAAUGGCGCUGAGGGAGCUGCUGAAGAGCGUGCGAGAAGCCAACGCUAGGGUAACGGGCUCCUGCCUGUUCGACUUCGACCCCUACUCUCUCAACUUCCCCUCGCUCUGCCUGCGCAUCCUCCCCGCGCCGACCACCCUCUUCUCCCCCACGCCCUUCGCGACGGCCGAGUCCUGGCCCAUUUCCCCGCCUGGCCAGAAGCAGUAUGAGGCUCUGAACAAGCAGGUCCGCGCACGCCUACUCGCCCAACAGCGCCAGCGCCAGAUCAACCAAGUCUAUCCGUCUGGCUCCCAAUCCAACGCCUCUUCGGCAGCCACUUCUCCGCUGCCGACCCCCCCUCUGUUUGACCCUGACCCUCAAAAGCUCUUUUGCCACAUUGCAGACGCAUACAAUCACUGGACUCGUCAGACAGAUCAGGUCAGACAAGAGUGCUGGCAGAUUGAGGUGUUACGCUGCUACGUACGUGCAGACGAUCAGCGGCACGAGGCUGAGGUACAGCUCGAGAAUGCACGACGAGAGAUUGAAUAUCUGAAAGCCAAUCGCUGGACGGCAGGAGCGCCUGAUGUACCUCUCAUCAGCAUACACCUUGGCCGAGAUACGGCGAAAGAGCUGGGUAAAUACGGCAUGGACCAUCGCAACUGGGACUAUGAACGACUGAUUGAGAAGUGGAGGUCUGCCAUCCGCGAAAAGAAAGCGUCGGUGGCCGGUAUGGCUGCCCAAAAGCCUCUCCCUAAUAAUCAAGCCGCAACACGAAGCUGCUCCAUGACCAGCCUUCCCCAACAACACUUUGCAACGGUCAAUCCACCACAGCAACCAAGUCCAGUCAGGAUGGAGGGUCCCUUCACUGCUCCUCCUACCAUUAAUGGCGAUGCAGGCGACCAGGUCGAUGCAGAAGGUGACGAUGACGACGAUGCUAUUGGCCUUACCCCGCACACAGUAUCAGACGAAAAUCCCAUGGAUCAGAUGCAGCACCAGAUGCAGUCCCAUUCUUCACAUCAACAUCUUCAACUACAUAUGCCACAACAAUCAACUUCCCUUCGCCCUCCCCAGCAAAUGCAAUCACACAUGCAGACCCCGCUGAACAUUACGCAAGCCAUGGCACAGGUACGUGCUGAGCACGCUCAAGCCCAUGCUCAAGCUCAGGCACAGGCACAGGCUUGGGCUGCUGCUCGUCAGCACAUGAACACAUCGCGGAACCAAAACUUUAGCCCACUUCAGCACCAGCAAAUGUCACCGCACAUACAACACAUUAGUUCCGCUGACAAUAGUCGACGCCCUUCGCUGGCUAUGAUGGACCCUCACACCAUCAGUCCCAACAAUGGCCUUGGUGGUGGCAUGACCAUGUCCACAGGGUUGGAGGGUAUGGACAAUCACCAAGACCAGUUUCUCAGAAUGGACAUGAGUAUGUCGAAUGCUUUUGUUGGUUCGAAUGACGGAGGAGUGUCAAUGGGCGGCUAG